AUGUCUACAAGUACCAAGAACAUUCCAAAACCUCCUCCUCUUCCUCGUGUAACCUACCAGCGUUUUCAAGCUUCUUCCACAAGGAAACCUUCAGGAUCAUCACGCCUUGUCCCCAAAGAAGCAGUAGAAACUUGGGAUAAGGUUUUACAACAAGCACUUGGAGCAGAUACAGUUAUUCAAACCGAAGGCAACUUUCGUCUAUCAGCCCAUUCAACUUUCCUGAGUGCAGCUUCACCUGUUCUGGCGAACCUUCUUGAUCAGUCCAGAGAUAGUAACGGGAAAACAUACCUAAUCAAUUUGCCUGCAGUGCCUUUUGAAGUAGCCUACAUCUUCCUUAGGUUUCUCUACACCUCCUGGUACGUUCUAAUGUCUUCAAAUGAAAAUUUUCUUGCGUAUAAAGCAUCCCUGAUGAUAAUACACAAACCCUGCAGCCUCGAGGAGGAAGAAAUGAACAAGUGUGCGUUCCCUUUGAUGCUUCUCUCACACUGGUACUCGAUUCCAUCUCUCAAAAGAGUCUGCAUAGAGUUUCUCAGCCGAGAAGGACACAUCAACAGGGAGACUGUGCUUGACAUGCUCCAACUUGCACGUGGCUGCGACGCCACAAGGCUUUCCUUUCUAUGUAUCUCAAUGGUCAUCAAAGACUUCGAAGCUAUCUCUCUAACAGAAGCAUGGAAAGAGAUGAAAGAGUCUGAUCCUCUCCUCGAACAAGAACUUGAAGCUGUAUUUGAAGCACAGACAGAGAGACAGGAAAGAAGGUUAAAGCUCGAGGAGAAGAAAACGUAUUUGGAGGUUUAUGAAGCCUUGGAGGCUCUUGUGCACAUAUAUAGAGAAGGUUGCGUGACGAUUGGGCCUCGUGAUAAACCGCUUAAAGAAGGAAGGGGAACCGUGUGUGAGUUCAGGUUUUGUAAAGGAGUUGAAAGUGCACUUCGACAUUUCUUGGGCUGCAAGUCUAGGGCUUCUUGUUCUCGUUGCAAAAGGAUGUGGCAGCUUUUUCAGCUUCACGCUUGUGUCUGUGAUGAUUCUGAUUCUUGUGACGUCCCUCUCUGCCGGAGCUUGAUGGAGAAAAGGGAGAUUAGGAAGAAGUAUGAGUAUAAACUGAGAUUGCUUGCGGAAAAAGUUGUUACAGCGAAGAACAGUCUUGGGCCAUUCUCUGCACGUCUUUUUGCUUUGUUUACGUAUAUUUUUGACACUAAAUCAGAUAUGACAGAAUCUGGAUACCACGAAACUUUUGGAUACCGUAGAGAGAUCAACAUCGCACUUCCUGUGCUCUCAGAUGAUAACAGUUACAACUUUUUUAAGUCUGGUGAUGAGCACAGCGAUGACUCCAAUAAACAGAACAAACCCAAUCGCAAUGACUUUAGAAAACAGUAA